GCGACUGACAGAUGUCAGUUUUUAAUGAAAAAUGUCCGAUUGAAUUGAAAACUUCCGUUGUUAAAUAGAAUAAAUUCAUUUCAAUGGACUUUUUAACGCAUUCAAUAACUACAAAUAUCCUAGUUACGUAGCGCCAAGAUAAAAUGUUUAUAAAAACUGAGAUAUUUAAAGCUAUUUCAUUCAGAAAACCUGCAACGCUACCGUUAUCGUAUUGGUUGUUAGUGGUUGCAAGAUUCGUUUUGACUUUACUGCCGCAGUUGGGCUACAUACAUCCUGAUGAAUUCUUUCAAAAUGUUGAAGUUAUUGCAGGUGAUGUCUUCACAAUCGAUGUUGCCAGAACAUGGGAGUUCAAUCCAAAAUUUCCAAUCAGAAAUAUGUUUGUACCAAAGAUGGUGCUUGGAAUACCACUACAGUUCAUUCGUAUCUUAAACCCAUAUGCAAAAGCCUAUUUUAACAUUGAUUUACAAACACCAUAUUACCUGUUAACCAUACCGAGACUUUUCAUAUGUCUCCUUUCUCUGAUUAAUGAUUAUUGUUUGUACAAAAUAUGUAUUCUCUAUGGUCAAAAUUUUCGGAAUAGACUGAAAAUAUUUGCAAGUUCAUAUGUUGUGUUUGUCUAUUGUUGUAGAAGCUUUUCCAAUACUUUUGAAAUGAUUUUCUUCUCCUUAUUACUUAUGUUAGUUGCUGAAUGCAUGUGUAUAUCAGAUAAAGUUAUCUAUCAUGAUGAAUUUCUGACUGAGAAAUACAAACAGGCAGAAACUCCAGUGGAGAAAGUUAAAAUUUUUAAACUUAAGACACAUUUGCCAGAACAUUCCUUGAAUAGGGUAUUUCUUCUUGCAAGUUUAGUUGUAAUUGGUAUAUUUAACCGUCCAACGUUUAUUUGUUUUGCUUUUGCUCCAGUUUUUUUCUGGUUACACAGAGGAUUGGGUUCCAAAGUUGUUGGUUUUAAAGAUUUUCACUUUAGGAUCUUUACAUUCAUGCUUUGCGGCGUACCAAUGGCGCUACUGCUUAUAUUAGUUGACUCUUGUUACUAUGGUUACCUGACAAGUGCGGAUGUCGAAUCUCUGAAGCUGUCGUGGGACAAUUGGGUCGUUACACCACUAAACUUCCUAAGAUAUAACAUGGAUACAAGGAAUCUCAAGGAACAUGGGCUGCAUCCUCGUUGGCUGCAUUUAGUUGUCAAUAUACCACUAUUAUUCAAUGUUUUGGGAAUAUUAGCUUUCAUCACUCUAUCUGGCAACACUUACAGAUUCAUCCGUGGACAGUACAGUAAAUUGCCAAGAAUACAAAGUAUUACAGGGCUGAUGCUUUUCUCUCUGAUAACCCCUGUCGCAUUACUUUCGUUGAUUCCACACCAAGAGGCAAGGUUCAUCAUCCCAAUAUUAAUUCCACUAAUUUACCUUUACGGGAAUCAUCUUCAUCCCAACGAAGCUGACACAACGAUAAAACGAAGUGUAAAGAAUACUCUAUGCUAUACUUGGUACAUAAUUAACAUUUUACUAACAAUGUUUUUUGGAUUUAUACACCAAGGUGGAAUUAUACCUUUCAGUAAUACUUUGCAUCAGGAAAUUAAAAGUUAUUACGGAGUCCAUACGCAUGUAAUAACAACACACAGCUAUAGUAUACCUAGCUAUUUGUUACAAUUGGAAAGUACUACAAAACUUUGGAAGGAUAAAAAUACAGGUCGCAAGUACAGAUUGACUCCGACAACAUUCAUUUAUAAAUAUGGUUCAUUACCAAUAGAGGAUCUGUUUAUUAAAAUAGAUGAAGUUUUAACCGAUGCUGAAAUGUUGCUACAUAAAUAUAAAAGACAGUACAGAUUUUAUAUCGCGUCUCCAUGCUCUUUGGAAAAAGAAAUCCGUGCAGCGUCCAGAAUGUACACUUAUAUAGAUAUAGAACACGAAUUUUCAUACUACCCCCACUUUUGUACGGAAGCUUUCCCGAAAUUUCCAAGCAGUAGGGAUCAAUUCUGUUUUGAAAGUAAUGUCUUAAGAAAUGAAUCUCAGAUUGUUGAUUUAGACUUUUUCCAACGAAUAACUUGUUUUCUAAAGAGAUUUUGUCUUAGAAUUUAUCGCGUAAGGCCUUCAAAUUAUAAAAUAUAAUGCACCGCCUUUAUGAUAUGUUAAGUAUUUUUAAAUAAUGAUUUCAAAGAUCUGAAACAAAAGACAUGUUUGUGCGCUUUACACGCAUUUUAUUUUUAGUUGUACGUAUUAUGGUAUGCUAUAUUAAAUUGCUCAAUUGUUUUUGUUUAACUUUAUGUUAUGAAUAUCCUUUUAUCAUAAGUGCCAUUUUUGUUCAUGUUGUUACAACAUCGUCGUAAUUAUUUUACCAAAUAGUGGUAAAUAUCUUAAGUAUUUAAGAUCCUAAACAGUCAUUUUCAAUCUUAUAUUUAGAGCUGGGUGUAAUAAAUUUGAAAUCUGUUAAAAGACUUUUUGUUAAAUACUGUAAAUGUAAAAUUAAAUUUAAUUGUGAGUUCAUCAAUUAUUAAUUUACUAAAUUAAUUUUUCCAGAAAUAACUUAAAUUCAACCUAAAUACACUUUAUGAAUACGUUGUCACCACAAAUGUUUAAUAUUUAGUUUUAUUUUACUGUGAUGCAAAAUUUGCAGAAAUCUUGUACACCGUGUACCAAAGAUGAUUGUAAAAUAUUUCACAAAAGUAGUGUUGCUUACAUUUGGUUAUUAUAUUACACUACAAUAAAGA